AUGGCUUGCGACAAACGUCCAAUUCUAUCCGGCAAACGUGCUCGCAGCCGUCGAAAACGUGCUGCUCUGCGCACUGCGAACCGCGUCAACAAGUCGCCCACACCCGAGUGCGACAGUGACGAAGAGGCCAAGCGGCCACUGCUGACCGAGUCUGGUAAUGACUCGAGCAGCAGUGAUAAGACCACGUCACAGAGUGAGAAUGAGCUCGAAGACGGCCUUGUGCUCGUGUGCCGGCCUACAAUGCCCGACUUUUGCUCCGUUUUCUUGCCUCGAAGCGAGGAGUCGACGUAUACUCGCUCGCAGAAGACAGCGGAUUGCAAUACGUUUACAGUACAUAUCUCGUCCUUCCGGGAGACAUCUGAGGGCUUUGUAACGUACAUACUAAAGCUAAUGACGUGUGACCAGCCUUAUUACACAUUUCAGCUUGAACGCCGCUACUCUGAAUUUGUAGCGUGUGCUACUGAAGUCAACAAGCAAUUAGCGAGUGGUUUUGCUACUCGCUGUUGCGCUAGACGUGAGGAUGAGGACUUCGAAGCUGCAAUCACAAAGGAUGUCGACAAAUUUCAGUGGGAACUACCGGCCAAGACAUGGUUUCGUGUAACGCAGACAAACCAUCUGGAGGAGCGUCGUGCUCAGCUCGAACGGUCGUUGGAGACGUUGCUGCUUCAGCAAAAUCGUCACAUGUGCAAACUGCCAGUGGUGCGCGACUUCCUUAUGCUCGAUAUCUUUGGAGUACAAGUGGCAGAGCAAAAGAAUCUUGAAACUGAUGCACAAUAUGAAUGA